UCCAUGGUGACGAAUCCCAAAUCGGUGAUAAUCGGCGCUCUUUUCAAACCGCUUUACCGCGAAAACAUGUUAAGUUAAGCAUUGUUGGUCAAUUCAUUUACAGAGGUCAUACGGCAACGCUAUAAUGAAAGCAGUGCAGUAUUAUUGGUGAAAGCGAUACAUUGACUGGUACAAUGGCGAUGCCGAAUUAGCUAAGUUGACGUUGGUUAAGCUAACGCUAGCUGCCAACACGGCGACGUCUGUCCACACAAGUUCCGCCAGGACCGCACCUUGAGCCAUGAGCACUGCCGAGAGAAAGUUCGUCAAUCUCAGGAAACGCCUCGAUCAGCUCGGCUACCGACAGCCACUGGGAAUCGAGUCACUGCCACUGGUUGAGAAACUUUUCAGUGAUCUAGUCCACACAACUGAAAGCUUGCGCAAUGCCAAACUUUCAGCAGGCAAGACCGAGAAAGAAAACAAGAACCUUGACGCAUUUCUGGAGCCGUAUAAAACGGAAAAUGGUCGAUUGGUCAGGGAAAACAAUGAUCUGCACCUAGAGUUACUCAAACUGAAGGAGGAGAAGGAUCGUGUGACUAGAGAGCUUAAGAACCAUAUCAGAAAACUUGACCAUGAGACAUGCGACCUAAAGUUUUUAAAUAAUCAGUAUGUGCACAAGGUGCGCUGCUUGGAGAAGGACAGCAAAGCUAAAGCUGAACGCAUUCAACAGUUGCAGGAGAAGAACAUGCAAGCUGUGGUACAGACUCCAGGUGGAAAGAAGCGCAGCAUACCCUUCAGACGUCAGCGAAUGCAGAUUGACGAGCUCCUGCCUCCACCUUUUACGUCGCGUUAUCCUGUGUUGCAGCCUGAUGAUCCAUAUGUUGCUGACCUGAUACAGCUGGCUGAUGGAAGAAUACAUGAACUGCAAGAAGACAUCAUAAAAGUUAAAUUAGAGCUGGAGAAUGCUCAAGAAUGUAUAAAACAUUCAAAUACUCAGGUGGAGGAGAGGGACAAAGAGAUUGAGCGUCUGAAUCGGGCACUUCAUGGAGGACGACCCCAUGAUGUGAUUUCCCUUGAGGCUCAAAACGUCAGCAAUGAAAAACUGAUUUCCCAUCUUAAUCUUCAGAUCGAGUAUCUGCAGGAGACCAACCGAACUCUAGAGCAGACAGUCCAGGGACUUCAGCAGAAGAAGAGGGAUGCCUCCAGUGAAGUAGCCAAUCUCUCUUUAAAGAAUCUGGAGCUGUGUGAGGAGCUGACGCACAUAGAUGACCUUGCAAAGAAGCUAGAGAUGGACAAAGAGCGAGUGUUGGAAACUGCUGACAUGGAACUCCAAGAAAAUAAAAAUGAAAUUCAAAGGCAACAGAAAGUCAUUGAAGGCUUGGAGGAUAUCAUCACAAAAAUCAGGAGGGAGCAGACUGAAGGUGACUUUGAGAAAGACCGUCUCAGAGAUCAGCUGGUGGAGCUCAAAGACCAGAACGAGAAAAUGGAAGGCCUAGUAAAUUUCCUAGAAGAGGAGAAAAUCAGGCUACAAGACAAAAUUGAAAAAAUGAUGGCUGCCGACAAACAACUAGUGUUGGAGUUGGAGGCCCUGCGGACUAAACAUGGUGUUUGUGGGAGGGAACGCUCCCCAUCUCGUCUGGAUGCUUUUGUAAAGAGUCUAGAAGAGGAGAGAGAUUACUAUCGCCAGGAAGCUGAACGUUACAAAAGAACCAGAAGAGGUGGUGUUUUGGACUUAAGCCCCAGUUUGAGUCCAAGCAAGAGCAGGAGCCCUAAGUCUAAAGCCAAUCAUGUAAGAAACUAUAUUAAAUUAUAUUUCCUAGAUUAUGUUUAUGAAAAAAUAUGCAAAAGGUUUACAAUAUUAUGGCUUAUUCAGGGAGGUCUUGCAGAGGAAGAACUGCUGCGCUUACUAAAGGAAAGAGAUGAGAUGCAAGCUGCUUUUGUGGAGUUUGAAAAGCACAUGGAUGAAGUUCAAACCAAUGCAAAGGCACUUGGUGAAGAAAGAGACCAUUACAAAGCGCUGUUUAGAAAGGCACAAGGUGACGUGGCGCAUGGCACAGACCAGUCAGCUGAUGUCAUAAAACUGCAGGAGGAGAUAAAACAGGCAGAAAUUAAAAUGCAGCAAUUAUCCAUUGAGAGAGACACGCUAACUGAGAGAUUAAAGGUUACCGAGACCUCAGCUCUCAUAGACCGAGAGGGAGCGCAGCAGAAGGUUCUUGAUCUGGAGAAGGCAGUUAGGAGUCUGGAGAAGGAGAGACUUGACCUUCGGUCACAGGUUAGUCUGCUGAAGGAGAGCAAGGAGGCUGUGGAAGUAGAACUAAAGGUUCGAUCUGCUACUGAAGCCCAAAUAGCAGAGGAGGUGGCACAGCAGCGAGUAGAGUCGAACGCUCUGAGGUUGCUUCAGGAGCAGAUGGAGCAGUCAUUGUCUGACAUACAACACAGACUGUCUGUGAAGAUGAAUGAGCUGUGUGCUGCCCAUGAACAGAUUGAGAAACUGGAGGAGAAAAUAGGGGAGCUGAGUCAGCGUAACUCAAAGCACAAGGAGGAAAUGGCUGUUCUUCAGAAGUCAAUCUCUGCCCUGGACAGGGAGAAAGAUGGUCUGCUGGAUGAGGUGGACCAAAAGACGGAAAAGCUGGUUGUUCUCCAGGCAGAGCUCUCAAAUAAAGAAAAGACCCUUGAAGAUGUAAGACUGACAGUCACAAACAUGGACAAGUCAUUAGGUCAGCUCCAAGGGGCAUUAAACAGCCGUGAGAGGGAGAUAACCAGCCUGCGCAGACAGCUGGAUGCUGCUCAGGACGAGCUGACUGGACUCAGGAAAGACAAAGAAAUCACGAUCAGAGAGAACAGGAGGCUGCAAGACGACUUGGUCACAAUGACCAGAGAGAACCAGGCUGUACAUAUGGAGAUGGAAGAUGUUUUGCAUAACAAGGAUGAGCUGAAGUUGAGAGUCCACGCUUACAUUUCUGAAGUGUCUAGGAUCGAGAAAAUGAUGGCUGCAAAGGAGCAGGAGAACAGGGACCUGCUGGAGAGGUUCAGAAUGGCUCACUCUGAGAUGGAGGAACGGGAUCAAAAGUUGCAGAAAGCCGAGGGCCUCAAUAACUCCAUCCGUCUGGAGCUUCUCUCAUCAGACACAGAACGCAGACACCUCCGCGAUACAGUCAGUCAACAGGAGAGAGAAAUACAGCAGCACUUGCAGGCUCUGCAGGCUUAUGAUGGUCAAGUAUCAUCGCUGGUGCGUGGGACGUCUCGACUGGAGGAGGAGCUGCACAAAGCACAGCAGGAGAAGGCUAAUCUUGUGUCUGAUCUGGCUUCGGUUCGGGAGCUCUGUGUCAAGCUGGACUCUGGAAAGGAACUAGCUGCACGGCAGCUCACCUCCAAGAGUAUGGACCUUGAGAGGGUCACAGGGGAACUGGAGGAUGUUCGCUGUGAGAUGGAGCUACUUAAAAAGCAGCUGGCCAGCGAGAGACUGACUGUUCGUAACCUUGAGACGCUUCUCUCCACCAAUCGCCACAAGGAGUUCCAAACUCAGCUGACAGCCAGCGAAAGGGAGUCAGAGUUAAAGAUUCUACGUGACCGACUCGCCCUGGCUGACAGCAAAACUGCAGAGCAUUCCAAAGAGGUGUCCCAACUUCGCAGUAGAGUGUCUCAGCUGCAGACAGAGAUGGACGUCCUCAAAAGACAGUUGACCAGUGAGCGCUUUGAACGUGAAAGAGCAGUUCAGGAGAUGCGCAGACAGGGUUUGUCCUUCUCAUCCCUUCAUAGUUCACCUCCCCUCAGUGUCUCCACUAGUCCCCAUCAACUCUCCCCAGAACGCUCCAUCCUCCGAAGUCUUGACCGCUCUGACAAGACAGCAGACAAAAGUGUGAGCUUUAAGGAUUUAUCGCAGACAAGCAAAUGAAGGAGCUGAUGAGUCAGUCAGAAACCACUCGCAGACUGUGCUUGAAGCUGUAUGUAUGGGUUUGACUUAUGAAGGCCUCAACAAUCCUUAUCAUUAUUUGACUGUAGGACCAUGGUGCCAUUUUAUUUUGCCAGCCAACCGAAGGCACAUGAAAUUAAAUUAUUUCUGGGUCUUUAGUAAAGCUAAUCACAGCUCUGACAUCUGUAAUGUAUUUUUACUCUGGUAUUCUCCCAUUGACUUUAUGCUCAGAAGUCAAUAUGAAGCGAAUACGCACUCCUGCUGCUCAAAAAUAAUUGGAUGGUGGUAAAACUUCAUGUGGCAAAUAUUCAUUCAUAUGCCACAUGCUUUGUAUUUGUGUUUUUAACUGUUUAAAUUAUUAAAUUAUUCACAAAAUUAAAAAAUAUAUUUUUAAAAUGG